UACUUCACAUUCGAUUCACGCGCUGAACAACAAACCGAAGUCUAUUUACGCUAUGGCCAACAUCCGGAAUUAUAUCCAAAUCGACGCGGCGAAGUGGUGCAAGGUUCGUACUGCGAGCGAGAGUAUCGCGAUUGCCGACUGCAGACCUGCUACGUCCAGUCGCCCGCCUAUCCGGGCCUAUAUCCGCGCGCCCUCAACUGCCGUUACAAAUUGCACACGCGACAGCCGUACAUCAAAUUAUAUCUGCAGAACGAACAGUUCGCGGUCGAUGGCCAGAGAUGUGAGAACGUGAUGACCUGCCCUAUAAGGCCGAUUGGAUCUGGCAACGAGCACUGCCCCUACGAUUGGUUGGCCGUUUAUGAUGGCCGCGAUGAGCACUCGCCGCUGAUAGGCAAAUUCUGCGGCCUGGGCAAGUUUCCAUUCAGCAUUAUUGGCACCUCACAAUACAUGUACGUGGAGUUUGUUACGUCGCCGGCGGGGCCGCUGCUCAAUACGGGCUUUCAUUUCAAUGUUGGCAACUGGCCAGGGCAUGUGGAGACGGCGGGCAUUAAGCACGGCGUCUGCGACUGGCUGCUCAGCUCCGAUUCGCUGAAGGACAGCAGCGCCAGCGAGGGCAUAUUCCUGAGCAUCGCCCACUGGUAUCCACCCAACACCUCCUGCAGCUAUCACAUCAAAGGCCAUCCCGGCGAAAUUGUGCGACUCUACUUUCCCAGUUUUCGCAUCAAUCGCAUCGAGUCGCCCAUACUGAAGUACGAGGGGGAUUGCGGCGAAUCGCUGACCAUCUACGACUCGGAUCAUGCGGAUCCGGCGCGCAUCAUCAAGACCUUCUGCGACACCUUCUCGCGGCCCAUGGAGAAGGUGGACUUUGUGAGCACCAGCCCCUCGCUCUACGUGCAGUUCGAGUCGAAGACGGGCAGCUAUAGCGGCAGCUCACUGUACUACUGGGCGCACUAUGACUUCUUCAACAAUACACGAUUCGGUGAUCCGGUGCCCAACACGCUCUGCGACGAGGUCAUGUACGCCUGGAAGCAUCCGGGCGGACGGCUCCGCUCGCCGCUCAACUCGCUCAUCUUCAAGCGAACCGGCGGCAGCGACGUCCGCUGCCAGUACAAAUUCGUGACGGACCGACGGCUCUAUGCCCGCGCCAUAAUCGAGGUGAACUCGGUGUCCUUCAAGGAGCUGCCCUACAACAGCAACGCCUGCACGCGCUGCCACGAGGAGCGCGUGGACAAGCUGGUCAUCUGGGAGGAGCGCGACAAGUUCCAGAACAACUUGGCCUGCUUCUGCGACAAUAUACCGCGAGCGGUGCGCGUCAUCUCGUCGGCGGACCAGAUGAAUCUCGAGAUGAUUGUGCAGGGCCAGCAUGCCAUCACCUCGUACUUCAAGAAUCCCAAUCCGCUGUUCGAGGCGACCUACGAGUUCGCCCACGGCCCGCUCUGCGGCCCCAUCACACUGGGGCCCUCGCCGGAUGGGGAGCUCGUCUUCCCCUACAAGAAGGCGCUGGCCAUGGUGGCGGGGCCGAUGGCGCCGCCGGAGCACCACUAUCGCCGCGAGAAGUGCAUCUGGGAGCUGAAGGUGGCCGCCCAAAGGGAUCUCUGGCUGAACCUGGAGAAGGCGCGCUUUGCCGAGCGCAGCUGCGAGAGCGCCAAGAUCGAGGUCUAUCUGGCUGGGCGCUUGGAGCCGCGCUUCGUCGUCUGCCCGGACAACAUAUCGCUGGCCCGCGACUUGCCCAUCCUGAGCACCGCCGAGCUGGGGGCCACGGGCGCUGACCAGGAGCCGCUGCCGGUGCUCAUACAAUACACGGGCGAUGGCCAACCGGGCAAGAACAUCUUUCGACUCGUCUGGACCGAGCUGUUCCACUUGCCCCGCAAUCCCGACGGUAGUCUGGCCGCGUCCCUGCUGCAGGAUGGCGACUGUGACUUCCGCUGUCCCGGCGACACGCAGGUCUGCAUACCGCGCCACCUGCUCUGCAAUGGCAUCGCCAACUGUCCCAAUGUGACGCACACCUCGACGCUGGCCCAACUAACGCGGCACAUUGAGUGGAAUCUGGAACAGCUCGGCCUGCUCCACCAUGCCGCCGAGUACCGCCAGCUCGUCCUGCACGACGAGUCCCCGGAGAUCUGCCUGCGCCGCGAUCUCAGCCAGCUGCCCUACGGCAAACUCUCGCUGCUCGCCCUCGGGCUCUGCGCGAUAUUCGCUCUGCUCAUCGCCAUACUGCGACGCAUGUGCCGAGGGGCGCCGAAGCAGCCAGGGCUGCAGCAGCUCCAGGAGGAUUACUAAAACUCCAGCUCUCCCCUCCUCUCUCUGUUGAGUUGCUCUUGGCAAGGAUUCAAGGGAUUCAGUUAUGGAAGCUUGCAGCCCCUUGAAAUUGCAGUUUUAGUUCAAU